CAACAUGUGGAUAAGAUGAGGACACAACCAACCCCAAAAUCUUGGCAGUUAACCGCAAGACUGAGAGGUAAGUGUCUGCGUCUCCGUCUCUUCCUCUGUCUCUGUCAUUGUUGGGUUAUGAAGUUUAAGGAUAAGGCUGGCAAAAGGGACAAAGAAUUGUUGAGUUUUGGGGCCAGAAAAUGAAAGAGGCGGCAUUGCCCAUACUAGAAAUAAUUAACAGAUUGUGAAGCAGCAGGAGAAUGUUACUUCAUGUUAAUGGAUGGAGUCGAUGGACUAGGAUGGCUCGGAUCAGUUGCGCAUCAUCGGCACAACGCUCACAUUCGGGUUCGAAAGCGAGUGCCCGAGUUAAAAUUGGAAGGCGCGCCCUUGCCGCCGCUGGGUGGACCCUGUCCUUGUCCCUGUUGCUGCCAACUGCCAUUUCUCAGGCGGAACCGGAACAGGAGCCGGAGUCAGAGACGCUGUCAAACAUACCGCAGGAGCUGUCGGGGGAGUGCCCCACCCCAAAGGACUGCAGGAAGCCGAGGAUCCAGCGGCCCAAGUCGAGGAAGGCGGAGUCUUGCACCACCAAGUGUGUCACCACCUGCAUUCGUGGCGGCAAUGGGUCUCCUGGAGAGGGCCCGCUUAACAUAAGGGGGCCUUUGGUCGUAUUCAAGGAGGGAUUCCGGAGCCGUCGAUACUGUUUGGUCGAAUGCUCUGAUAUAUGCAACCUGAUUGGAGAUCAAGACUAUGGCCCUUAAAUACUUGUAUAUAGGCGGCCUCCAUUACCCAUUCUCAGAAAUUUUUGAGUGUUAAGGACUUGAGAUCCCGGGUUUCUGAAUAUACUGCAUCAAAUUUUUACCUCAUUGUUGAUUGUCCAAAGACAAAUAUCUUUGCAUAGCUGGGAACAAUAGAUGGCAUGUUCUUUUCA